UGGCCGUGCCGCAGCUGCUGUGCGCCAGCCGGCCGCCGCGCUGACGCGGGCACCCGUGCAGACUCCAUGGAGCUCAUCACCAACAAGUUCUGGGGCCCGUCGGGGGCAGAGAGUGCCAUGGGCAGCGUGCACCUGUGGCUGGCAGAGGCCAUCAGCACCCUCCGGGACAACAAGGACACACUCAUGGCCAAGGUCGCCCAGGGCUGCGGCCACCCCAGGGCGAACCCCCAGGGCCCCGGGUCCGAGGAGAAGCCGCAGCGAGACAAGCCGGUGCUGCAGGAGAAGCCGCCCUCCGGGACCCUGGACAGGCUGGUCUCCGAGGCCAAGAAGCAGCUCCAGGACGCCCAGGACUUCUGGACCGGCCUCCCCAGGACGCUGUGCAGGGAGAAGCUGGCCGCGAGCUCCGCCAGCGAGGACCGCUGCUGGAACGGGCUGGCCGUGGGCCGGUACCUGCCCGAGGUGAUGGGCGACGGCCUGGCCAACCAGAUCAACAACCCCGAGGUGGAGGUGGACAUCACCAAGCCCGACAUGACCAUCCGCCAGCAGAUCAUGCAGCUGAAGAUCAUGACAAACCGGCUGCGCAGCGCCUACGACGGCGACGACCUGGACUUCCACGACGCCAGUGACGACGGCAGCGGCUCCGGCAGCGGCGACGGCUGCCCCGAUGACCUCUGUGGCCGGAGGGUCGGCCAGAAGGGCCCCGGCGCCAGGACCACCCUGACCCAC